GUACAGGGUGUAGAGGACGCUGUUCUAAAAAAUGUGUUUUUAUCAUCUGGAAAAAGAAAGAAACUACCACCAGAUGAGGGACAAGGCCAAGUUGCUAUAAAACGAUUUUCAAAGAGGCCCGCACAAUGAGUAAUAAGGUCAAAGCUGAAGAAGAGAAGAACAAAGGCAAUGAGUGUAUGAAAUCUCAGAACCCAACAGAAGCUGUCCUUCAUUACACAACAGGCAUUAAGCUGGAUGGGAAGGAUCACCGUUUGUUUAGCAACCGUUGCUUAGCAUUUUUACAAAUCCAACAAUAUUACCUUGCUUUACAAGAUGCCAAAACAGUUAUCAAGCUGAAUCCUGAUUGGCCAAAAGCAAUGAAAGUUGAAAGAAAAGCCUAUAGAAAGGGUUAUUAUAGAAAAGGAGAAGUUGAGUAUUGCACAGAGCAUUAUGAAGAUGCAAUCAAGUCUUAUGAAGCUGGACUUGCACUGGAGAGUGAAAAUGAAGGAAUAUUACAAGCCAUCAAUAAGUCAAAGAAAAAACUAGAGGAAUUAACAGCAUCUGAGCGACGACUACCCUGGAUAAGUGCAGCACUUGGUAUGUUGGUUGGCACUGUAAUUGUCCUUGCUGAUCACUUGGCUGCCGACAAUCCUAUGUUACAGUCAAUGGUUCUGAGAACUGUAUUUGUGGUAGUUUUUAUUUCACUUGGUUUGCUUGGUAGUUGGUUGUACAAGUACAUGCUACAGUUACAACGGUCAUCUCUACUUGAACCACUUCCGGACCUAGGAUUUGGGUCAACCGACAGCAGCUCUAACAGUACACAAAACAGUAAAAAAAUAACCGAGACAAAGCGAAACAAGAGAAAGAGUACAAAGACCUGAUGACUGCAGCAGACACAUUGUCAUGCAUUUUUAAGAGGCAAACACCAAUCACUGACAUAUUGCCGGUCUUGGACGUAAACAAUCACUCUACCAAGCAGAGGAUGAUGCAGAUCCUGUAAACUGGUUACUUUAAUAUGAACUUCAUUUGCUGUAAUUCAGCUUGCUAGAAUAUAUCAUUGCAGUUCAGCAUGAAUGAAUGUUCAAUUUCUCUUUGGAAUAUACUACUUUCAACAACUGAACCAAAAGGUUAUUGUUCAGAUUAUUUCCAAGAUGUAUUUGAUAUAUAAAUAUGACAUGGAUCCACUUCCUACAUGUUUUAAGAAAGAUUAUUCUGACUCCCAUGGACAGUUAAUGAUGAAUGCCUAUUCAUUUACACAGCAUUUUUGCGAUGAUUAGUGUGGGCGCACUUCAACUCUACCUUAAGGAUGGACAGCAAAAACUUUGGACAUCAAUAAUUGUUAAGGAGAGGGCAUAUACAAUAGACAAUAAUUUAAUUUAGAAUUAAUAAAAUUUGUUUGUUAAAUGUGUAACAAUUAAAAAAAUAAACAAGCAUUGAAUAUCAGUACAAUAGUGCAAUGUCAGUUUGAAAAUCUGAAAGAAACGCAGAAACUUCAAAUAAAAACAGACUAAGAGAA